AUGACCCCACGUCCUACUUACAGGAAGCCUUACCCUGAGUACUUUGAUGUGGUGGACCUCGGAAGGAACCCUAAGAUUCCAGAAUUCACCAAGUUCUCAGGUGAGGAUAAGGUAUCCACCAUUGAACACAUUGCCCACUUUAUAGUCCAAUGUGGUAAUUUGGACGGACUGGAAGCAGCCAAGCUUAGGUUGUUCCCCAACUCCCUUACAGGGUUGACCUUCACUUGGUACUUCAAUCUACCCGCCAACUCGAACCAAAGUUGGCAGGAGAUGGAGGAGCUCUUUCACACUCAGUUCUACCGGACUGAGCCUGAGAUCACCAUAGGGGACCUGGCCAAACUGACCCAAGAAUCAGGUGAGGCCGUCGAUGGGUUUAUUACCCGGUUCAAGACGGCCAAGUACAAAUGCCUAUCCACCUUGCCCGAAACCGAAUAUGCAAGGAUGGCCUUGGGAGGGCUCAGUUUUGAGCUUCGGAAAAGGUUUGCUGGAAACAGUGAGCAGAAACAGGUCGACUACAUAGAGCUUGAUGUAGACGCUGUGGAAAUCGCAGAAGGAAAAUCCUAUGUAUGUAAAGCUCUGGUCAGGCCGAAUGAUCAGGCCAGGCAGGCUGAGCCACCUAAGACUGCUCCUCAAAGGACCUUUGAUUCGAAGGUAACGUACUCCUUCGACAUUUCAAAGGCCGAAUUGAUCUUUGAUCAGCUGCUCAAGGACAAGCAGAUCAAGUUGCUACCUGGCCACUAG